UACACAAAGCAGUGCGUGAUUAGAUGACCGGGCAGCCCGGCUAGAUAGUCUGGAUACAGCAGGACAAGAGGAGUUUGGAGCUAUGAGAGAACAGUAUAUGAGAACUGGCGAGGGUUUCCUGUUGGCCUUUUCAGUCACAGAUAGAGGCAGUUUUGAAGAAAUCUAUAAGUUUCAAAGACAGAUUCUCAGAGUAAAGGAUCGUGAUGAGUUUCCAAUGAUUUUAAUUGGUAAUAAAGCAGAUCUGGAUCAUCAGAGACAGGUAACGCAGGAAGAAAGACAGCAGUUAGCACGACAACUUAAGGUAACAUACAUGGAGGCGUCGGCAAAGAUGAGGAUGAAUGUAGAUCAAGCUUUCCAUGAACUUGUCCGGGUUAUAAGGAAAUUUCAAGAGCAGGAAUGUCCUCCUUCACCAGAACCAACACAGAAAGAAAAAGACAAGAAAGGCUGCCACUGUCAUUUUCUAAGAAUCCCUUGAAUUUUAGCUACCAACUGCCAGGAAAAGCCCUUAUCUUCUCCUUCUCUCCUUACAGUUUACAUCACGUUGGUACCUUU